UGUCCACCACUUAAUUGUACCAACCCUGUCAACCUACCGGGCCAGUGCUGUGGAAUUUGCCCACAUGAAGGCGGCACAGCACUUCCGUGUGGGAACGCGUUGUACGAUCCAUCCAUGCAGCUUUGUUGCGAAAAUAUUGUACAGCCAAAGGCAGGUCUGAUGAGUCGCUGCUGCGGAAAACUGAGCUACGAUGCGACCAAAGACAUGUGCUGCAAGCACAAGGUCCAUCUCCGGAACGGUACAUUACCCCAAUGCUGUGGCUCUGAAGGCUACGACGCCGCUUAUGCUAUGUGCUGCAAGAAUGUCAUCAGGCCAAAGGUCGGCCAGCUGCCGCACUGUUGCGGGAAAGCGGCAAUUGAUAGAGCAGACGAGCUUUGUUGCAAGGGAGUUCCACAGAAAAAAGUCGGAAAGCUAUCGCGAUGUUGUGGCAACCAAACUUAUGACGCCACAAGUCAACUUUGCUGUCAAAAUAGUUUGCAAGGACGACUUGAUCCACACGUCAAGUGUUGUGGGAACGCUAGCUUCUACCCAUCCAAAGAGCUAUGCUGUAAGGGACAGGUGUUUAAAAAGAAAGGAAGUAAACCAAUGUGUUGCAAAGAUAAACCUUACGACGCUGUAAAACAAAUCUGCUGCAAUGGUGUGCUAGACACGAGAAUUGACUGGGACACAAAGUGUUGCGGAAAUAAAUCAUACAUACAGUGCAAGUUUAUGUGUUGUAAAGGCGUCAUAUCCAAGAAGACUGGGCUAUUACCGAAAUGUUGUGGACAUGAGUCAUACGAUGCGGUAACGUCGUUGUGUUGUAAAGGAAAGCUUUUUAAACGAAAGGGUGCAAAACCAAAAUGCUGCAACAACACGAUGAUAGAUGUGUCCAAAACGCUCUGCUGCAAAGGCAGGUCAUUGAAAAUGCUCGGAACAAAUAGCAAGUGUUGCGGCAGUAAUCGAUACGACUCUGUUAAACAACUAUGUUGUAAUGGGACCAUGCAUAAUAAAAAGGGCGAAAAUCCAAAAUGUUGCGGAAAGAAAAUGUAUGAUGCAACGGAACAGGUAUGCUGCGGCGGAAAGCUUUCAAAACUUUACGGAGCGAAGCCGACGUGCUGUGGUAAAGAUUCAUAUGACAAGGCCUUUCAACUCUGUUGCGAUGGAAAAGUCAGAAACAUGAAGGGGGCGGUGUCUAAGUGUUGUGGUAAGGAGGCGUACGACAUGGCUCACUUCCAGUGCUGUGGGGGGACGAUUCAGAAGCGCGAAGGUGCCAAGGCAAAAUGUUGUGGAAGGUAUGCUUACGACGAGGCCAACUUCAUGUGCUGUGGAGACAAGUUGAAAAGCGUCACUAAUAUCCUGGUGCCCUGUUGCUGUGACAGUGUCUUAAUAGACGCCACUGAAUCUCUAUGUUGUGAGAAUAUUACGUUGGCUAGGAGAGGUAACUCAUCGGCAUGUUGCGGAGCGGAGCAGUAUGACAUGAUCACAGAGAUCUGCUGUGAGGGCGUCAUCAGCAAACAGGUUGGGUCAAGGCCAAUGUGUUGCGGAACCAAGUCGUACGAUGCAGCGUCCGAAAUAUGCUGCCUCGAAAAUGUACAACCGAGAAAAGGAAAACAGCCAGAAUGCUGCGGAACGGUUUCUUAUGACGCUGUAGCUAGCAUGUGCUGCAAUGGCGUGGUGCAGAAAAGGUUUGGACUGGAACCGAAAUGUUGUGGCUUUCAAAGUUACGAUGCUGUGACCGACAGUUGUUGCGUUGAUACCGUUGUUCCGAAGGAAGGUCACACAAACCCAAAUUGUUGUCGAAAGAAAAUAUAUGACGAGCUUACCUCAAUCUGUUGUAAAGGUUCUCUUUAUCAACGGGACGGCCUUGAUACCAAGUGCUGUGCGGACAAGGCCUAUGACAUGGGUACCCAAAUAUGCUGCGCAGGGUACCGACAUAACCGUACUGGUAAGAAUCCCGCUUGUUGCGACGGCGAAGCCUACGACAAAACCUCCCAAAUUUGCUGCAACGGGAACAUAAGAGUCAGUUUUGGCACCAACAACACAAAAUGUUGCGGGUCCCAUCCGUACCGCAUGGACAAGCAGCUGUGUUGCGACGGCAAAGUGCAGUCUCUGGUAGGCACAAACACGGCAUGCUGCGGCUGCACGUCAUAUGACGCGGACAAGUUUUUAUGUUGCAGCGGAGUUGUCAAGAAAAUGGUCGGGGAGCUUCCAAGGUGUUGCUCUACAAAAGCGUACGAUGCUAAAAAGUUUGAAUGCUGCAAAGGCAUACUAAAACCUCGACCAUGA